AUGAAGAUUCAUGAGAAAGACUGUGGAGCAGCAGUUAUUGAUAAGCAUGGAUUUCUGACUUGGCACUGCAAAUGCAAGAUUAAAUUCGAUACCAUCAGAAGUCUCAGUAUCCAUAAAUUCAAAUGUCCCCACGCUCACCGCUCGAAAGACGAGUCGUCCGAUGCUGGGAAUGAUGCCGAUGAUGAUGAUGAUGAUGAUGACGACGAAGUCCUUGGAUAA